UCAACCUAUCGCACUCAGCCUGUUGCCCCAGUUGUCAACUCGCCUGCCAUGACUGACAACGACGUCAAGUCACAUCCUGAUUACAAGCACUUCGCAUCCAUCCCAUGGUGUGCCAGACUGCUCAGCCAAUCCGACACUCCGUCCCACGUAGUGCAAGUCUCUCAAAACAGAACAGUCCUCCCAACAAGAGAGAACACAUACGUCGGCGGAACUCUCAACACACCAGACACCAUCAAAGCUUGGUUGAUCAUAUACCCCAAGCCGCAGAGCCCCGAUUGGAAGGUCGAUGAAUUGUGUUCUCUCAUCACCUUCGACCAUGGCAUGAUUGGAUUUCCUGAGACGGCUCACGGAGGCGUUGUUGCAUUGGUGAUGGACGAAGUUACGGGUAUACACAUUGUAGCACAAAGACCGACAGGAGCAGAGCCCAACAAAGACUUCAGGACGGGUUACCUAAACACGUCAUUUCGGAAACCUGUUCCUGCGCCAGGAACUGUGCUAGUGAGAUCAAGGAUAGCCAGGGUUGAGGGCCGGAAGCACUUCGUUGCGGCGCAAUUAGAGGACGAGAAUGGCGAAGUGCUUGCAACAGCGGAAGUCUUGUACAUCUCAAUCAAGAAUAAGUUAUGAGUUUUCGGCCAUUGUAUGAAAUGGUACAACAAGAAGUGAGGUUUGAGAGGGUCGAAUGGACUCAUAAAAAUUGCGCCAUCAAAACAGCCAGCACAGAACAGUUCCGAAACGUGACUAGAAUGCGCAUAGAACUAGACACCAGCUAAGC